UUUGACGGAAACAGGUUUGGAUAUUUUUUCACAGUGUUUGAUAAGGAUGCACUCCCAAGGAGUAUCGGUCAGGUGUCCUCCAUCUCCUCCUUCAGCAUUUGUACCUAUCAGUGAUAAAGACAUGACUGAGAUUGAACUGCACUCUGUGGACUCCAUCAGUGACCUGCACCGCACACACCCUGAACAACACAGCAAAGGUGUUCGACCUCCACGACCACAACCUCCAUCCAUCAACGGGAACCUUCGGAUGAUCGACAGGCCAGUCGUCUGUCAGGCAGGGUAUCAAAUGAGAAGAUCCCCUAUGAGUCACAUCAACGAUAUGUGGAACAUCUCUACGUGGCGUUACUCUUUGACAUGUGUGGCUGUAAUUCUGAUCCUCCUCACUGUCAUUCUUAUCUUUAGCUUCUUAGUCCAGCAGAGCAGAACUCUACACAGGCUAGCUGAGGCACUGAGGCAAAGGCAAGAAACAACAGAAGAAAUGUCCAUCAUCUUUCAGGAGCUCCAGGCUCUGCGCAGAAACCUGACAUCACUGAAGAUCGGACACUGA